AUGGCCAAACCGUUCAUGCCGCCGGACCCGCAACCGGAAGAGGGCGGGACGGCAUCGGGGGCCGGUCCUCCGGCCGGUGGUGCUGGUGGUGGUGGGGGAGCUACCCACAAUGGUGGCGGCCCGGGACAAAAUGAGAACAAUCCGGCCCCGCACCAGUCCUAUCCGGGGGCGGCCUAUCAUCCGAUGGGCUCGGCGGUGGCCGGUGGACCGUUCGUCGGAAGCGCUCCGUCACAGGAACCGCACCCGGUGCUGCAGAUGACGCCACCGGCCAGUGCACUGGCGACCGCCGUCCAGACGCCCCAGCUUGGCCCCGUCAGUGGCGAUCACCUGAUGCAGGUCCUUUAUGAGGCCCUCUACCGCUACUCGCUGGGAGAUGGACCGCAGACACCCCUGUCCCAGUCGCCGCCCAGUGCCUCUUGCAGCCCGUUCCCCACGAAUGCCGGCGGCGGUGGUGGCGGUGGCGGCUACCAUGGUGGGCAGGUGUUCUUCCCACGAACUCCUGGCCCGGCCACCGGCGGCCGUAAUGGCGGUCGCGUGUUCUUCCACCAGAGCGGCACAUCCGCCACCACCACCAAUCCCCAGCCGACCCCGGUGUCGGCCAGCAGCCAUUCCAGUAGCAGCGGUGUCAGCAGCUCCAACGACACCCCUUCGUGCUCGUCCGGCACUCCGCAUCACAACUGUAGCGGUCAGUAUCAGCCGAUCCAGUUCAACUGGCAGGACGACGGUGACUCGAGCGGUGAAUCGGAGUCCUCGUCGUCGCGCGGAUCCUCGUCGUCCUCCUCGGGCUGCAGCCCGCACUGUGGGCUGUCGACCGACGGGGCCAUCGGUGGAUCGCUGGCCGCGACCGCCAUCAUCGGUUCGGCGCCGGCCGGUUCGACCCUGUACGGUGGUGCCGGCGUUCCGCCACACCUGGACUACAUGGCCCGGCGCGAGAUGCUCCAAGAGUUCCCGGGCCAGAUUCCGCAGCGCCGGCGCAAGUCGCGUACGCCGAAGAAACCGGGGGUUAUGGGCAAACCUCUGAUGUGGCAAGUGGCUGUGACGGCUGCCCUGAUCGUGCUCGGUUGCAGCUACCUUGCCGCUAGGUAAAACCGUCGAACCCAACUCUCGGACGG